AUGUCUGCUUGCACUAACACCACCUGGUACCUGACCAACAUCCCCUCAGGUCUUAAGGUUUUCAAUGUAACCUUUAAGGGUUUUGAUAAUAAGGCCAAAUCAGGCAGCAGCAACAGCAGCGGGAAAUUAGGGGAAUGCAGGUGUGCCUCUUUGAUGGAACAAACACGGGUUGAUGUUGAUAGCUCUGUCUCUGACAUGAGAGAUGUGGACUUGGUUCCAGUAUUCCUAGAUCGGGGGAUUGAUAAUGAGAUAUUUCAAUUCUUUGUGGAGAGUCAAGGGUGUCAUAUUUCAACCUCUAUUCAUAGAUGUAGAGGUUCGGGUCCUACCAUCAAUUCAAGUUCCCAACCAAACUCAACAAUUCAAUGUUAUUCCACACUUAUCCCUGAUGAUCUUGAUAAUUUUUGUGAAGUUGCAUAUGCCAGUUUAGUGCUGUACUCUAGCGGUCUGAUCAGGACCAUGUACAACCUCAAGUUGAAUUAG